GGGCGGGGCGCGCGCGCCCUGAUGGCGGCGGGGCGGCCCCUCACGGCGGGGCCGGGCGGCCAUGGAGCACAUCAGCACCCCAAAGGUGGAAAAUGUGAAGUUGCUGGAUCGCUAUGCCAGCAGGAAGGCAGCGAGCGGGACCCUGUACCUGACAGCCACACACCUGAUCUACGUGGAUGCCUCUGCUGAAGUCAGGAAGGAAACAUGGAUCCUGCACCACCACAUCUCCAGUGUGGAGAAGCUGCCCCUGACCACGGCUGGGUACCCCCUGCUCAUCCACUGCAAGAACUUCCACGUGGCUCACUUUGUGAUUGGGCAGGAGCGGGACUGCCACGACGUGUUCACCUCCCUGCUCAAGCUCUCCCAGCCAGUGAAACCUGAAGAGCUUUAUGCUUUCUCUUACAAUCCUAAAAUGUCCAAAGAGAGCCGGGAGAUGGGAUGGAAACUGAUUGAUUUGAAGCUGGAUUACCAGCGCAUGGGAAUCCCCAACGACUCCUGGGAGAUAACAGAUAUUAAUAAGGACUAUGAGGUUUGUAGCACAUACCCUCCUGAGAUCGUGGUGCCUCGAGCUGCCACCAAGGCUGUGGUGAUGGGAAGUUCAAGGUUCAGGAGCCGAGGGCGGAUUCCGGUGCUUUCUUACUUCUACAAGGAAAACAAUGCCGCCCUGUGCCGCUGCAGCCAGCCCCUGGCCGGGUUCAGCGCGCGCUGCCUGGAGGACGAGCAGAUGCUCCAGGCCAUCCGAGAGGCCAACCCCGGCUGCCCCUUCAUGUAUGUUGUAGACACGAGGCCAAAGUUGAAUGCCAUGGCCAACAGAGCUGCUGGGAAGGGCUAUGAGAAUGAAGAUAAUUAUGAAAACAUUCGUUUUAAAUUCAUUGGCAUUGAGAACAUCCAUGUGAUGAGGAGCAGCCUGCAGAAGCUGCUGGAAGUGUGUGAGAUGAAGUCCCCCUCCAUGAGUGAUUUCCUGACGGGGCUGGAGAACUCGGGCUGGUUACGGCACAUCAAGGCUGUGAUGGAUGCAAGUGUCUUCCUGGCCAAGGCUGUGAGGGAGGAGAGGGCCAGCGUGCUGGUGCACUGCUCCGACGGCUGGGACCGCACGGCCCAGGUCUGCUCCCUGGCCAGCCUCCUCCUGGACCCCUUCUACAGGACCUUCAAAGGCUUCAUGGUCCUGAUAGAAAAGGAGUGGAUUGCAAUGGGCCACAAGUUCUCACACAGGUGCGGCCACCUGGAUGGGGACCCCAAAGAGGUGUCCCCAGUGUUCACACAGUUUGUGGAGUGUGUGUGGCAGCUGAUGCAGCAGUUCCCCUGCUCCUUCGAGUUCAGCGAGCGCUUCCUGCUGGAGAUCCAUGACCAUGUUUAUUCCUGCCAGUUUGGUAACUUCCUGGGCACCUGCCACAAGGAGAGGGAGGAGCUCAGAAUCUUUGAGAAGACCCAUUCCCUGUGGCCUUUCCUCUUGCAGAGGAAGCAGGAGUUGAGAAAUCCUUUGUACAGAGGAUUUGCAGCUUACAAAGAGCUCCAACCAAACACUCUACCUUUCAGUUUCCAGUUCUGGUGUGGCAUGUACAACCGCUUUGACAAGGGCAUGCACCCCAAGCAGUGUGUGCUGGACCAGCUGCUGAGCUGCCUGGGCCACAAGGUGACACUGGAGGACAACGCAUCCGAGCUGGAAAACAAACUCCCUAUCCUCGACGGCCCCUUGCCCAGCCAAGGCUGCACCUCACCCAAGGCAGGAGCUGCUGCUGCCAAAGCCCCAACUCCUCCUCAGGACUGUGCAGAGGGAGCAGCCCCUGUGCUGAGCAAUGGCCCCUCCCUGGGACACCAGAAGCACAAGGAGAGCCCAGCCCAGCCCCGGGAUCUCAGAGCCUCCAGGGAGGAUGGGCAGGCUCAGCACCAGGGAUGAGCUCUGGGAGCUGAUGGGAGAAGCUCUGGGGAGCUGCUGCAGCCCCCAUUUGCAGCUGAGUGUGAGUAGGGGUGUGCAGGGCUGGGGGAGCAGCUGCUGGGGGACACCUCCUGCAGCUCAGGUGAUGCAGAGCUGCCAGGAGCCUGCCUGGCAUUCCUGGGAACUUGGCUUUCAGUGGCAACACGUGCAUUUCUGAGGGUUAGGGCUGCCUGCCAGCUCUGCUGUUUGAGGCUGGAAGAAAUCUUGCCAAUUCCAUUGGAGGAGCUGGGCAGUAACUGCAGGAGGAAGGAUGCAAAUCCCUCUGUUCUCUGUGGUGGUCCAAGGUCAUCUUAAAACCAGAAAAAAAUUCAGUCUGUCUUCAAAUGAUAAAAAACCCCCAACCUUUCUUAGCUGUGAAUGAAUCUCUGCAUGGACCCUUGCCUUGUAGCAGAACUGAUUCAUGUUUUGUUUCCUAUGCAUAUUUGUUACACAAAACCAAGCCCCCUGUGCCUUCUCUGAGACUGUGUCCAUGUCCAGCCAGGCCACUGCAGGUUUUGUGCUGGAGUUUGCAGUGUGCUGUUGGUCCUGUCUGUAGUCAGUGUUUGUGAGGAGGUUUUCUUCUGCUGCAGCUUCUCCACGGUUUUUGCUGUUCCCCUGAGUUCAGCAGCUUCUUUCCAAGCUGACCUCUUGAAGAACCAGCUUUUGUGGGCUUCCUUUUUUGAUGGAAGUGCAGAGCCAGCCCAUAACACAUGGAUUUGUCGUAAGAGGGAGGAUUGGAAAUGAGGGAAGACAGCAGAACAUUUAUGUGGAAUUUUUCUAUUAUUUUAUGAUCUUGGUUAACCUGAAGCAAGAGGGUAACUCUGUUCCAAGCUGGAAUCAUUGAUGAGACAGCAAUUACAGAUGGAGCUGUGUUCUGGUAUUGAAAUGGGGCCUGAAAUGAUAAAAUCACUUGCUGAGUGAUUCUUGGGAAUGUUCAGAUUCCGGGAACUUUAGGGAUGUUAUGUCUGUUUCAUGAACAGUAUCUCUCAUGGCAAUGAACUUGGAAAGAAACAAGGACUUCUCUCCCAGGGAUUGGGUGUCACAAAUGAGUGCUUGAAGGUCACCCAAAGAAUCCUUGGGAGAGGCAUCAGCAAAGGCAGGUUUGAUUAUAAAAAAGUGUGACCAAAUUCAUUGGCAAGGUUCACUGUGUUACUUAUUAAAUGGUUAAAGCACACAGAGAAAAACUGAAAUAGAAAAUGAAGUGAUCUAAAACUAGUAUCAACCAGCGUGGAGGCUGGGGAUGGAAAAGGGUCAGGAUGAAAGGAGAUGAGACAGAUUCUCCUGUUGAGUCACAAGGUUCAGAGUGCAUCAUCCUCCCAGACUGAGCCGUGGAAUUAUCAGCAGUUCAGGCCUAAAGGUUUCCUGGAAUCAGAGAAUCAGUAGCAACACUUGAACUCAACAGCAGGGAAUCAGCAGGUAAGGAAUUGAACAAGAGGUUUAUGUAGAAUUCCCUAUAAGCACAACAGGAGCUCCCUUAGAGGCUGAACUCAUAAAUCCAAAGUACUCCAUAAUCCAGGAGGGCAGCAUUCCCAGCUUUGGCUCUGGCACAGCCCCAAGGACUGGGUCCAGGUGUAUCCCUGGGAAAAAUUCCUCUCAAGUUCCCUGAUUACAGAGAGUUGCUUUUAUCAGAGUCACUUUCCAGCCUGGCUGCAAUUUGGAUCAAUAUCUUCCUUUGAAAGGUCAAUAACAAAAGUGUUCCACUUGGGUUGUUAUUCAGGCAAGAAAAAUCAGAUUCUAGGGCUGGUGGCUAAACCCCGGAGUUUGUACUCCAGCCCUGGGAGCAGCCAAUGUUCCUGAUAAGCUCAGGGUGCUGCUUAUCAAGGUCAAGGCCUGAGGACAUUUCUGAGAUUCUGGUGUGGCUUUGGUGGCUUGAAGGAUUCCAGGAAAGCUGUGCCACUGUCCUUGUUCUGUGCUGAAUUGCACAGAAUCCCCCUCUGCACCUUCGUUCAGGAUGCUGCUCUGCUCUCUUCUCAAGCUGUUGUUUCAAUUAGGUGCUGCCAUUAAGCUUUCAAAUCAGUUUUUCUCUUUUAUAAAAAGUUUGGAAGCCAACUGAAAAUAUUUGAGGCUUCCCAAUCUCCAGAGAAAGUAGAAACACUCUACUGUAACACCAGAAAGUGCAAUAACUCUGCUCAUGUGCUUUUAACCCAUGGUGAAAUCACUGGGUAGAUCCAGUGACCAAAAACAAACCAAAACCUCCCUGAGUGGCUGUUCUGGGUAGGAAAAUACCUAUCUUAUAAAGCACAUGAAAGAUCCAAGGAAAAAGAGAGCACAGAGUUUCUCCACUGCCUGAAAUGGCAGAGAGGAAUUUUUUUAGUAUUGAGGGUUUGUCAGACUUAAAUGAAGUUGUUGUCAAGGAAGGAGUGGGAGCUACAAGAGUGAUUGAUCAAAAAUUAAAUCCUGGAAAUACUGACCCAGGUGUGACUGAUGGAUCAGCCCUGCCUUUUCUUUCCAGGGGGUAAUGGGCAUCAUUCAUCCCCACAUCUGAGAGAAAAUGGAACAUGAACCAAGACAGGCAUUUUUUAGGACCAAUUAUUCUAUGGAUCUUCGGUUCUUUGAAUAUUAUUAAUAAAUUGUCUAAUUUUCAUUAGCAAUCCAAAAUUGGAGAGGGUUUUGAUUGACUACUGAAAGACUUAAAGGUGCUAUUUGUUAAUUAUUGUACAAAUCCAGCUUGCAGAAGGCUCCUGGAAGUGUUUGUGUGGUGCUUUGCCUUUGGAAUUGCCAUUGGAGUAGUUUAAUAAUCUCUCCUUGUUCCUAAAAAGGUUGUCUCCACAAAACUCCAAUGUUGCUACAAGCGUGUACAACCACCACAGGUUACUCAGUGUUGUAAGCUUGGAGUAGUCUUGCUGCUUUUAACUCCAGAGCCAAAUCCAAAAAUUAAUGUAUUUUAAAACUCUUGGAUUUCAUGUGUACAGGCUCAGGCCAAGGCUGCAGAGUAUUAAAAGCCUUUCAUGCUGAUGCUGGAAUUUAGGAGCUGGAAAAGAUUCCAGGGUUUCCUCUUUUUCCAUGAGCCCAUGGUUUGAAAACCAAUGAACGAGAAGCUUUUUGGUUUUGGUGGCAGAAGUGAGGAGCUGCUCAGAGUCCUGCAGUGUCCUGAUCUCAGCUGGGAUCUGCUGCCCAGGAAAGCUCUGUUCCCUGCUCCUGGAGCAUCCUCUGCUCCCUGUAAGUGUGGAAGGGAUGGAGAAGCUGUUAUUGCUAUUUGGGAUCUGCUGCUGCUGGGGAAAGUUUCUGCAACUGAUUUAUUCCUAGGGGAACAGCCAUGCUCUGUGAAGUCAGAAAUCCUGCUUUUAUUUGGAACAGUGCAGUUCUUUCCAUUUGGAUUCCUGUGACUGGGAGAACUGGGAGGGAAGAGGGAUCUGAUUUGCUGCAGAUGAGCUCUGCUUGUGGAAAACUCUCCCUUUUUUGGAGCUGCUCCUGCUUCACCAAGACAUUCCAGGGCUUCACCAGGACAUUCCAGAGCUUCACCAGGACAUUCCAUGGCUUCCUGCCUUUUCCCAGUGUCUCCUGUGCUACAACCAGGUGUAACCUUGUAGUGGGCCUGUCAUAUUCUGUGUUAAAACUCCUACUCUGAAGCACAAGAGGGACUCAUGGAGCUUCAUUUGAAAUGUCUUAAAUGUGAGCUUUGUUCUGUGUAUUCUUAAAUUGGGGUUUUCUUUUGCAGUUGUCACCUGUGGGAGAGAAAAUCCAAUUGGUGCUGUUUGCUCUGCAGGGAAAAAAUGGGAAUAAUUGGGUUGUCCAUUGUUUUAGUUCUCCAUGGCCUCUUUAGGGGUGAGGAAAAGCAGUUUGUAAAAGCUUUUAGGUCUGAUUUACUCUUGGUCUGUUCUUGUGCAUAAAAGUCCACCUGCUCUGAUCCAGAGCCAUCCUGACUGGGAUGGAGGAGGAGAUGGGCUUGGAGGGAGCUGGGAAGUUUCAGAAAGCUUCCUCAGUCCUGCAGAAUGGGAUUUGGCAGGAGCUGAAAGUGCCCAGAGCUCCACAGGAUCUCCAGGUGGGAAUGUUGGUGAGGAGCAGCCCUGGGGGUGUUGUUUCCAUCACUUCUGGGAGCAGAGAGCCCUCAGAGGUGCUCCCAAAGCUAGGGCACCCCCAGGAAAAGGCAUGGAAAGGGGAAAAGCUCCUGUUCCAGGCUCCUUCAGCCCCUAGCAGCCCUGGCCCAGAGGAAUUUGCAGGCAGGAUGCAGUUCUUCAUAUCCAGGAGUGCCCAGGCACAUUCCAAAGGGGUUUUCCUCUCCUCCCACCCCCUCUGCUCUGUGCUGAGGGCUGGGCUUGGUUUUACAGGGAUCUCUCCCAGCUGUUCCUGUUUCUGUCCCUCCCUCACACACAUCCAGGCAUUCCCUGGGGGAAGAACCUGCUCUGAAUGUCCUAUUUUUGUUUAAUUAUCACACGGCACUUGAUUAAUUAGCUGAGGAAGCAGGGGAUGGUAAAGCCUGUGCUUGGGACCAGGCAGCCAGCUGGGCCAUUCGUUAGGGCAGGUUUGCUAAUGACAUUAAUUACUGUGACCCCCUGGGAGCUGCAGGAGCAGGGCAGGACCAAAGGGUUUAUUUUUUUAUCAUUUCUAUGUUUCCAUCUAUUUAAUGUAGCAGAAACUACUGGAGUAACUCAGCACUGGAUCCCAUCCUCUGGCUGGAUUUUCCUUGGCAUCCCCAACCUGAUCCUUGUAGGAAUGUCCCUAAAACCAUGUGUAGUGCUGGCUGGGAAUGUCCCUGUUGUUGUUUGUGUCUGUGUCGCUGCUGAGGGGCAUUUGUGGGGGUGAGCCCCAGUUUGUGCCCUGAGGGCUCUGUGGGGCACUUCACUUCUUGCACUGCUUGAAGCUGAUCUUGUCUAGAGGAAAAUUGUGUCUUUUCUCUCUGUUUGUCCCAUGGAGUCUCUCUUGGAUUCCAGGUAUUUUUAUUCCCUACAAAAAUAAACAUUUGGCCUUUUUAAA